GUAUCGACCAUGAAAAAACAUUUUGCCACAAAAUAUAACAAUGAUUGGAGAGAAUAUGUUAAGAAUGGAAAAUUUAAUAAAAAGUUACUUCUCGCACAAGAAAUUGUCAAAAAGAGCAUAAAGAAACCCUAUACAAGUGAUCCGAUUCGAAAACUUCAAAACACCAAAUUUGUGGAGAAAAAAAAUAUUGUUAGGGGAAACAAAAAUAUUAAGAAACCUUAUAUUAUCGUUAAGAAAAGUGAUCUUCCUGUGAUAGGUUUAAACCGUGAAAUUAUGAAUAAGUAUUUUAAUCAAUAUGAUAUGAUUGAUAUGUUUCGCUAUAAUUUUUGUAAAGAG